CCGUUAGUGGAGAUUCGAGUGUUAGUUUGAAUGUUCCAUACAUAUAUAAGUAGUAUUAAGGAAACGUUCAUUCAUCAGUGGAUUGUUUCUCAUUUUGUUUAGGUUCUUACUGAUUUUAUGUGGAAGAGGAAACGUCGUGGAUCAAGGUUUCCUUUCGUUGAUAAUCCCAAAUCAGCAUUGCCCUCUGAAAGUCAAUUGGAAGGAAGCGUCAGUACUAGGGAGAAACCCACGUCGAACACGACGAUACAUGCUCAUACAGUUAUCGUGGGAGGCGAAGGCUCAGUGAAUACAAUCACUACUUCUCCAGGAAAUCCAGCAUCAGGGACGAGACCCCCUCGGCAUUUGGAAAUGCCAAUCCCGCCGUCUGGAAAGAUUCCUGCUCACGAUCCAAAGUCGCCAACACCACAAGAAGGAUGUCCGCCUCGAAGCAUGGAGGGAGGUGGUGGUAGUGCUGACACAAGGCCAGGUUUUGUGCCUGUGCAGGUGACGGGAAGGGAAGGUCAUGGAGCUGAUGCGGAAUCUACCAAAGAAGCAAGAAUGCCCACCCAGGUGACCCCAGAAGCGGAGAAAUCGACUCUUGAUUCGAGCAAGAUUGAAAAGGCGAAAGAAAUACCAGUUCAAGAAACAGAAAACCCCCAAAACAGCUUUACUGAGAAGACUGCUACGGACGAAGAAUUUAUAGCAGAUGACAAGGAGGCAAGGCAACCCACCCAAGAGACCCCAGAAGCAGAGAAAACGUCUGUUGAUGUCAGCAAGUUGGAACACAUGAAAGAAAAGCCUGUGCAAGAAUCUGAAAAUCCAAAGAGCAGUAUGUCUGGCACACUUGUCAUGGAAGAUGAAUUUAUGAAGGAAGCGCCAGUACAGGAAAGCGAAGAAGCGAAAGCGAAAAAGGACGAGCUGAAAGAAAACCCAGAAAGAAGUGUAAGGCACGUUUUUCAAGAAGGCGACUUAAAAGAACUUGCUAAGGACAGACAGGAAUCAAAAGACCCAACUAAUGAGGAUUCAAAGGUCGAGAUUGAAGACCAGAGAGAUGGCAGAGGGGAGCAGCCUCUACAGGAAACACAUGGGCCUGGCAAAGCACAGCGAACAGAGGCAGAGGAUACAACACAAGUCAAGGAAGACGAGGAAGCUCGUGAAGAGCUUUCUGAAGGGACGCCACUUCAGGAAAGCGCCAGUUCUGACGUCCAAACCGAAACUUGUAAAGAGGAACCUUUGCCCACUCAAGAAACUAUGCCCGCGGGUAAAGGUCCUUUUGAGGAGACUGGGCUCGAGGUAGGAGUCAAGGGUCAACCUUCAGUUUCUGAAGGGAAACCUCUUCAGGAACGCGACAGCUCUGAUGUCCAAAACAAAAGUUGUGAAGAGGAAGCUAAGCCCACUCAAGAAACUAUGCCCGCGGGUAAAGGUCCUUUUGAGGAGACUGGGCUGGAGAUAGGAGUCAAGGGUCAGCCUUCAGUUUCUGAAGGGAAACCACUUCAGGAACGCGACAGCUCUGAUGUCCAAAGGAAAAGUUGUAAAGAAGAAGCUUUACCCACGCAAGAAACUAUGGCCGCGGGUAAAGGUCCUUUUGAAGAGACUGGGCUCGAGGUGGGCGUCAAGGGAAAACCAACAGACGAGCAAGAAUAGUAAAAUUACUGUAUUUGAAAAUCGUGACAAGAGUGUAUUUUGUGCUUAUGAAGCACAAGUAGAAGCUUGUGUAAGUUCUGUGUAUAAUUUCUGCCAUUACUUUGUUUAUUUUUUAUGUCUUUUUACAAUUAUUGGCUGUUUAGUUGGUUGGAGUUUUAAAUGGGGCAAACACGAUCAAUUUCUAAUCAAUUUCCAAAGGAAUUCUCUUUUUAAUGACAUGAGUUAAAUAUCAACAUUUAGGGAGUUGAACCACAAUAAGAAUGCAGGUUUUAUUUAAAUACAAUUUUGCGACAAUCAUUUUUUGAGAAGGGACAAUAAACAAAAGCUCGGAGGAAGACCGUUGAAGAUAGACGAGGACAAUAAGGACAAUGGCAAACACAACUCAUAAAAACUGUUAGUGAAGCAAUGGAUACCGGGGCAAAUGAGAUCAAGGAGAGCACAUUUUCAGCGGGGGUCCCACGGUCCCAUUGUAUAACGUCCUAUGUUGGAUGUUGGAAAAAGAAAUGCUGUCCUUGCCAUCUUGACCAAAAAAUCAAAGAAUGAUUGUCAAAUUUGUUGUUAUUGCUGUAUAUAUUUGAACUACUUGAGAUCGUGCUAAAAACAGGGUGCUUUCCAUUCGACCAUAAUUUCCGGCUAAAAUGUUUGGAUGAUGUUUCCGAAUUUCCUAAAGAGAUGAUAGUGAAUACCAUAAUUUUCGAAAAUUUCCCAAUGAAAGCUCCCUUUCCAUUCGAUUUUGAUCACGGAAUUUCCAGAAAUUUCGGUCAAGACAGUGGCAUUGCAGAACUUCAACAGCUUUCGGAUUCUCUGAAACGUUCCUUGGAAGCUAAGACUUGGACGAAUGUUGAAAAUAGCGCUUCUCAAACUCACUAAUAAUUCAUCAAGUUUAAAGAAAGGACAUCAUGACCGUGA